AUGCAAAUACCUAGUCCAAAGAGGCGUAAAGAGCGCGUGACGGGGCUGCUUGAGCUGAAUAAGCAGACACACCCCUCAUCAUCGGUUCAAGUAUGGCAAAUCGACCUGGCUUCUCUCGAUUUAGUAAAAGCGUUCUGCGAUAAAUGGCUGGGUCAAGUGGAAGAGCAGAAAGCAAUCGAUUUAAUUUUCGCUAAUGCGGGUCUGGCAGCGUUCAGCGCCAACCAAUCAACCUGA